CAUUGAAAAGACACCGGCGGGGAAGGUCUUGAAGACAUGGUAAUGACCGCACCUGAUUAAAGACACAUCGGCAGGAAAAUCGAUUUCUUUUUUUUGAAAUUACAAAUUGGAGAAAUUGGUCAACAAAAAUUCACUGACCAACCAACCACACAAAGACAGCUAACGCCUACAGUUAGCCAAUUCCGGUCAGUCGAUCACCCUCCCCAAAUUUCUCUUCUCAAACCCUUCCGUCUCUGCUUCACGAACAAUGAACAUUUUCCUUUAUGGGGGCCAAAUCGCUCAAUAAGAGGUCUAGCAAGAGCAAGCGAUCAGCCUCCAAGCCAGACAAUAUCAUGCCAUCUGCAUCUUCUCAUUUCAGUUUUACGAAAGUGCCGCUGCUUGUUUUAUUGGUUAUGGCCUUCGCCGUUGUCGCUCUACUGGGCAUUUCAUCAGUCAUGUGGAGCACUUUAACGUCCACUGAUCAUUCCCCCAAAUUCUAUGCAAUUCAAGUGCUCAAUGAGUUCCCUCACGACCCCAACUCCUUCACUCAGGGUCUGCUUUACGCAGGAAACGAUACAAUAUUUGAGUCAACGGGCCUCUAUGGCCAGUCAUCAGUUCGGAGGGUUGCUCUUCACUCUGGGGAGGUUGAGGUUCUUCAAGAGAUGGAUAGUUCUUAUUUUGGGGAAGGUUUAACUCUUCUUGGUGAAAGGCUGUUCCAAGUAACUUGGUUGACAAAAACUGGUUUCAUAUAUGAUCGAAACAAUUUAAGCAAAAUUGAGAAAUUUACUCAUCAGAUGCGUGAUGGUUGGGGUCUGGCAACCGAUGGAAAAGUUUUGUUUGGCAGUGAUGGAACUUCAAUGUUAUAUCAGCUUGACCCUCAAACAUUGAAAGUAAUUGCAAAACACAUUGUAAAAUACGAAAAUCAGGAAGUACACUACCUUAAUGAACUAGAAUUUGUAAAUGGUGAAGUUUGGGCUAAUGUUUGGCAGACUGAUUGCAUUGCAAGAAUCUCACACAAAGAUGGCACUGUGGUUGGUUGGAUUCUUCUUGAAAAUUUAAGGAAGGGAUUGAUAGCAGCUGGGCAAAGAGGCAUUGAUGUUUUAAAUGGUAUUGCAUGGGAUAGCAAUGACAACAGGAUUUUCGUUACGGGAAAAUUGUGGCCAAAGCUUUAUGAAAUCAAAUUGCAACCAGUAAGGAAACACGUUGACAGUGGAGUCAUUAAAAAGCUUUGCGUACCAUAAUAAACCAUGCCUAUGAAAUCUUGACGUGCCUGACAUUAAUUCUGGGUAAGAAGUCUACAGUCGGAGGGGAAUUUUUGACACCUUUGUUCGUGUAUGAUAAACUUGCACUUUUUGAAGUUAGGUUGCCAUACAAGAGAGAGAAUUGGAUUGAAGAAUGACAAUCACUUGAUUCUUGGGGGACUCGGUUCUUACUUGUAAGAUUAUUAAAAUGUACAAAAUUGACAUGCGCUGAAGACUCCCUUAGUUGUAAGAUUAUUAAACACUCUCUCCCUCUCUUCCUCUCUGUUGAAAUUCCAGGUGAGCAUGGAAAUCUACAGAAAAACUAAAGGUAUUUUAGUUAAGGGGGUAUUUUAUUAUAAUUUAGAUGAUUUUAUUGUUUUGUUAGUCGUCAUGUAGAAACUGACUUAAACAGAGGGAAUAUAUAAAUUGAAAGUAAUUAAUGUGA